UGUUGACGUUACACGUUCUUUGACAGCGGCAGUCAAACAUUAAAGUCAUUGGAACAUCUAAGGAACAAAUCUUGUAAGUGUAUUGCACUGAGGUCAAUUCUGUACAAUUGUUUAUUGUGAAGAAGCCUGCAAAUGAAACGGUUUUGUGAGUGUAAGGGUAUUAUUGAUUUUUGUAUGAGUUUGUAAGAUUAUCAGUUUUAUGUUUUCUCGUCUUGCUACACAAUAAUAAUUUGAUUCUUCAAUCAUGUCUACGAUUAAAUUGAUAUACCAGUGCAUGUUUGGACCCAGGUUAUACAAAGUAUAUGGUGACGGACGAGCAGAAGGAUUGUAUGAACCCGGACACCUUGAACGAUGGGGUGAUCAGAUUAUUAAUAUUGUUUGUUUCUUCUGGAAUGUAGGAUUGUAUGCUUCUCCCAUUAUAGCGACUGUUAUGUAUAGAAAAGGAUAUAUGUUGUGGGAUGGUGCUUUGACUAUAGGGAAAUGUGUGACUGGAGUGGGCAUUGUUCUUGCAUUUUCAUAUUUUGUGAGAGGCCUUGGAAGAGCCAGUGCCCCUCAGUACAUUCAAUUUUUGCGCACAUUAGAUGAAGCAAAAAAGAAUCUGAACAAAAGUUCCAAGAGAGCACUGUCUCAAUAUGAUUUUGAUUUUGAUGGAUGGCCUGUUGAAUUCAAGUGGAAUGAUGUUGGAGGAGAGGAGAAGAAACAGCGCCAAUUUAUAGAAAGACCAUCAUUUCGGCGCACCACUCUGGAUCUUCUGUUUGCAGCUCCCUGUAGCUUAAUCACAUAUAUUGUAGCUAACACUUUUGGCCUGAAAUUGAUGUAUCCUGGCUCAAUGACUGGCCGUAGUAAAUUAAUCACAGAAAAUGAAGGUGACAGGUACAAAUUAUUUACAAGAGAUGGUAAUGAAAUAGAUACAAUGUUCAUUGACAGAAGGAAAAAGCAUCCUCAUGGUGAUGUUCUUGUUAUAUGUUCUGAAGGCAAUGCUGGAUUUUAUGAAAUAGGAAUAAUGGCAACACCUAUUGAAACUGGUUAUUCUGUUUUGGGUUGGAAUCAUCCAGGGUUUGCAGGAAGCACUGGACGGCCUUUCCCCCCCCAAGAAUUAAAUGCAGUAGAUUGUGUUAUGCAGUUUGCCAUUCAUAACUUGGGAUUUCUCCCAGAGAAUAUUGUGUUGUUUGGGUGGAGUAUAGGUGGCUUUCCCACUUCUUGGGCAGCAAUGAACUACCCUGACGUGAAGGGAGUCAUUCUGGAUGCCACUUUUGAUGACGUAAUGCCAUUGGCUAUAACUCGUAUGCCUAAUGUCUUGGAACCUAUUAUUAGAAGAACAAUCAGAGAGUACAUGAACUUAAACAAUGCUGAGCAGUUAUUGAAGUACCCUGGCCCAAUUCGUAUAAUAAGGCGGACAGAAGAUGAUGUGAUUUGCACAGAAGAUAAUAAAAUAGCAUCCAAUCGAGGAAAUAAUUUGUUAGUGAAGAUACUGAAGUACAGAUAUCCUAUUAUAAUGGAUGAUAGCAGUUUGAUGUAUGUGUACGAAUGGUUGAGUAGUGAUGUUUUGCAACAAAGGGAAAACAGGUGUAAAUAUAAAAAUGAUUUAUUAUUGCUAAAUAAAUUUUUUCUAAAUAUCAAUAUUCAUAUUUUAUUUUUGUUCAUCAUUGCCUUACAUUAUAAUUCAUUCAUAUUUAUUUCAAAAAGUAAAGAAAACAAAAAAUACAAGUGGAAAUUAAAUGUUAUCCAGUUGGCUUCAAUACUUGUGUUCAGUUUCAAUAUACCUAAGCAUAAUCUAGAAAUAUGAAUAUAUAUUGUCAGAAAGAUGUAGACAAAAUUAUUGAACAUACAUCCUCCACAAAACUUUUCCUGUUUAUUUUGCUGAUAAUUUCCUUAGAAAAGUUAUUGACAAAUAGAUACUGCUUCGGAAUUAAGUUAUUGUGACAUCAGAAAACUGCAAAUUUAGACUAAAAGUUAAUGAAAACAUUGUCCAACAUUUUACUUUUGCUACAAUUUUUCUUAUUUUCCAUUCACUGUAGUAUUUUAUGGUAUCAGCAACUAUAAAUGGAAUGUAUUUUUGUCAAUUUUACUAAGCCUUUUUCAUGGCGAGUCAAUUAUUUCUCUAGUUUGGAGUAGAAGCUAGUCAAAAUUGACUUCACAAGAGAAUCAGUCUAUACAUUUUGCUGCUUUUGCGGUCAUUGUAAAAUUGAACUAUUUGUGAGAAAAUGAGAUAGCUCAAUAUCUUUUCGACCAAUUAUUGUAGUUUUUAUUGCACCACCAAUACUAAUGACUGCACAUUUUGGUCAAAAGAUAAAAAGGAAAUGAUUGUUCUCUUUGACUCUGAUUAACGGGUUGGGUCACUAAAUUUACAAGUUAAUUUUUUUAUUGGAAGACUGGGACCAGAGUUCACAUCUGUGUUUGUAAUUGCACGAAGCAUUUUCCAUUAUAUGAUAGAAUAAUGCAUAAUCUUAAUAAGUAUAUUAAAAAUAUGCUUGUAUUUGCAAGUUAUAUAUUGAUGUGUUGGCAGUUUAAUUGGUUUCAACGGUGUGACAGAGUAUUGAAUUUUUGUAGUGAUCAACAGUAUUUUAUUGCAAUAUGUGUUGCGUGCAUGCAAAUAUACAGGAAAGUGUCACAUUUUAUUACUGCAAAGAAUAAUUUUUGAUAUAAGACUUAAAUUAAGAUCGUAUGUUGUUUCAAGGAAAGUAGUUUAUUUGGUCUCAUAUACAUAUAUAUUUGAUACAGUCUGUGUAAUUAGAGUGGCUAUUGUAAUUGCUGUGCAAAAAGGACUCUGUAGUGUGGGUGAAUGAUUUUUGAAAGAUUGUACAUUAGUAACUUAUGAGUUAAAAAAUUGACUGCUACAGUUAUUGUGGCCUUGUUGGAUGAAUGUGUGUUAAUUUGUUACUAACAUUGUAUGUUCGUCUAGAUCUCAGUAUUUGUGUGGCAAUGUUGAAUAGCCAGGUGCAGAAUUCACUCUUCAAACUUUCUUGUAUGCUUCAAGUGUGGUUUUACAUUAAAAUUUAUCAUAUUUUCUACACGCACAUCCUUUAAAUAAUUCCUUUCUUUUAGUAAGUUCAAAUUAUAAAUUAGUUUUUAAGUCAGUUUUCUGGCUUGUUAAUGUAUUCUUAUUCUGUGAAUUGGACAUGUUUUUUUUAACUUCGUUGUAAAAUGUAGUGUGUCCAUAAGGUUUUAAUAUUUCUUGUUCAGUCGUCCUAAGAAAAUACAUAUGUAUCUAAUUUAAGACUUGAGAACUGAACUUAUAAUUAAAUUAUUACCAAAAAAAAAAAACAUAGAAAUUUAAUUAUCAUGUAGAAAAUCCAUCAAUUUUAAAUGGAUAACAAUCCUCCUUGGAAAUGUUCUAUUUCCAGGUGUUCUUGAUAAACAUUUUUCAAGCCUCUAGUUUUUGUUGUAUACAAUUUUUUUCUACAAGAGUGGAGUAAUGUUAGCUGCAGGAUUUGAUAGAAAAGUAAGGUCUUGUUACUUGUGAAAAAAAAACAACCUAAAUGAUAGUUUUUCUCUCCCGAACUCAUGGCUAAUGAAUUAUUAAUAUUAAAUUCUGAUAUUGUUUGUUAAUAAUGUACAUUUUACAUAUAAUAUUUUAAUUUUGGUGAACACAAUACAUAUGGCUUGCGAUGGUUGGUGAGGUUAAACUACAUUCUGCAACAGCAUUGGAAUAAAGAUGGAGCUUCACUUUUGAUCAGCGUUGUCAUGAUAAUGAAAAUGUUCAUAUUCGGCGAAUACUGUGAUAUGCAAAACAUUGUGACCACUGAUCUACCAUCAAGAAAUAGCAGUUAGUGUAGUCUUCUGAGUUUAUCACUUUCACUCAGUAAAAAUACUGAAAAAUGAAUGAUGCCAAUGUUUGUGUGUGUUAAAAUCAACAUAUUAACCAGGAAAGUUCCCAAUUUUAAAUCCUUAUUCCACCGCAACCAUACAUAUUCAGAUUAAAACGGUAAAUCCUUUUAAGGUCAUGAGCUGGAGGGGAAGGGGACAUUCAUCGACGCAAACUUUGUUACGACUUAAAAUUCUUGGUAUUGAGACUUCCGAUUAGAUGUCUCCCUCUCUUUUCAGCUCGUAACCUUGAGAAAAAAAAAAUGUCAACCCUGUAGUUUACAAUAUACCAUAUAAUUUAUUUUUGCAUUUCCCACAAAUACAAAUUUUUAGAAAGUGUUUCAUGUAACAUCUCAAAAGUAUAAGAAACAUAUUACAAAUCGUUAAAAAUAUUUUAAUGCUUAAGGGAUCAAAAAAUUUGAAAUUUCAAACGUCUUCCAAAUUACCCAAUUGGAAGGAUCUUAUACAUCAGUAAGAGGCAUAAAAGAACCAGAAAAAAAAAAAGCAUGGUCAUUACUGAAAAACAAUACUUCACAUAACAGAGCCUUUGCUCACCAGCACAUUUCCAAAACCAAACCUUUUACUUCCUUGGUAUUCUUUUUAUUAUAUAUUACUACUAUUACCUAUAUUACAAAUUUUGAAAUGGUGAAAGAGCCCUAUACAAUGAAAGUCUUAUUCCAUUUUAUAAGUUAAGUUUCCAAAUUUUAACCAUCAAUUAAUAAUAUACCAGUGAGAAUAAAUACACACACACAAAAGAUUGAAUUCAUCUUUUCAGCAAGUUAUGAGAUAAUCACAUUUGCAAAUUGUGCCAAUUGAACCAAUGGAAACAGUAUACCAUUUAAAAUAUUAUUAUUACUUAUUAAUGAACUGAUAAAAACCAUCUUCAUUGAGAGUAUGUACCAAUAUUUAUCUUACUGACGUUUUUGUACUACAACUUUUUAUACAUUUUUUAACACAGUCGUCUUUAUUUCCUGAUAAAUGCAUUUUAUUAACAAGAAGCAUUAGAAGCAAUACCAGAAUCUCUUUCAGAUGUACUGCUGUCACAGCACACAUCGCUCUUGUCACUUUCAGGAGAUAGUGAUGCUUCACUUGUUGGUGAAGUUUUCUCAGACUUAUCACAAGAUGAAACUUCUUUAUUUCUGGGAUUUUCAUGUUCGGCACAGUUCCCCUCCUGCUUCAAUUUUUCUUUUAGUUCCUGAGAACAAUUGUAUAGAUUGUCUUCUGUGUCUUUUUCUUCCUUCAGUUUACUCUCUUCUACAAAAUUCUUGAGAUUCUGCUUGUUAUCAACUUGAAUCUCAUCUGAAUCACUGUCAUUAGAACUGAUGUCAUCUUCAUCAAAAUCAUCUACCCACAGGCAUGAUUUCUUUUUCUUAACUUGGCUACCUCCCUGUGAUUCCAACUUUCUCUUUGAUUCAGUUGUGCAGGUAGACGUUGAUGCAGAACGGAAACCUUGUUCUACAGCAUCAUGAACCUUCUCUGUAAGCUCUGUUCGUGCUUUUUCAUAAUUCUGAUCACUGAAGUCAUGUUUUGGCUCAAAACAUAACCGCUCCAACUUCUUCUUCCUUUUCUCUGCAGCUUCCCGCUCUCGUUCAGCUUGUUGUGCAAUCCAAUUUUUAAGCCUUUUUUCUUCAUUAAUAUCUCUUAACCGUCUACCGCUCAAAUCUCUGCAAGCCUCACGAUUUGUUGUCUUCUCAAUUUGCGCACCUAUGGCUCGAAGCAUGGAUCCAAAUCCACCUUUGCCGCCCAGGACUCUUGAAUAAGCGCGGACGACACCUUCUUUAAUAAUGGCAUUUUCUGCUAGUUUCCUCCCGUUGUUUGUAAAAUAUAUAUGGUGGGCAUUUUCACCAAGAAGUUCAAUUUUGAGGUCACGGAGAACCACAGGCCCUUCAAGCUGUAAUCUAAGUUUGUCGAGAUAUACCCACACACUCAUUUUGGUAAGUUAUACCACAAAAUCUAAGUAAUUUGUGUUGCUGAUAGUAGCUGUUUGCAGUCAAGGUAAUACUGGUAAUUCCAGCACAAUUGUUCCCUAACAAUUCGAAGAUUCGUUUACACCUUCAAAAACCUAAUAAUGUAAUAAUCAGAAUACUUGGAUCCUCUUACGUUUUAAUGGCCAAAAGUGACGAGUUUAUGCACAAAUAACAAAGACACUGUCAUAAAAUCACAAAAUUUCGAUUGGAAUCAACCUUGUCAACACUGAUUCAUAACAUUUCGUUUUUCGUACCUCUCUUGUUUUUUUUUAUCUACCAACAAAAACAAGAAAAUUUCAUUCCUAUGCCGUUCUUCG